AUGAGAAACCACACAAGAUUAACAACCUUCAUCCUACUGGGAUUAACCGAUGACCCACAAAUUCAAGUCUUGGUAUUCAUCUUUCUACUUGCCAUGUACAUACUUAGUGUAAUGGGAAAUCUGACAAUCAUCUCUCUCACCUUAGUGAGUUCUCAACUUAAAUCUGCCAUGUAUUUUUUCCUCCAAAAUUUCUCUCUCGUAGAGAUUUCUUUCACUACAGUCUGUAUCCCCAGAUUCCUUUAUAGCAUGUCUACUGGAGACAAGACCAUUACUUAUAAUGAUUGUGCUACCCAACUAUUUUUUAUCAUGCUUUUUGGAGCGACAGAAUUUUUUCUCCUGGCCACCAUGUCCUAUGACCGCUAUGUGGCCAUCUGCAAACCUCUGCAUUACGUGACCAUCAUGAGCAGCACAGCAUGUCGACGGUUUGUCCUCUGCUGUUGGGGUGGAGGUUUGUUCAUCAUAGUCCCUCCACUUAGCCUAGGCUUAACUCUGGAGUUCUGUGACUCAAAUAUCAUUGAUCACUUUCUCUGUGAUGCAUCUCCUAUCCUCAAGAUCUCUUGCUCAGACACAUGGUUCAUAGAGCAGAUGGUUAUAGCCUGUGCUGUAAUGACCUUCAUCAUGACCCUUCUGUGUGUGGUUCUUUCCUACAUAUAUAUCAUCAAGACAAUCCUAAAAUUUCCCUCUGCCCAACAAAGGAAAAAGGCUUUUUCCACAUGUUCUUCUCACAUGAUUGUUGUAUCCAUCACCUAUGGAAGCUGCAUCUUUGUUUACAUUAAGCCCUCAGCAAAAGAUGAAGUGGAAAUUAAUAAGGGUGUGUCAGUGCUCACUACUUCCAUUGCCCCAAUGUUAAACCCAUUUAUUUACUCCUUAAGGAACAAGCAAGUGAAACAAGCCCUCAAUGAUUCACUCAAAAGAAUUGCACUUCUCCCAAAGAAAUAG